UCGGCUCGGCUCGGCUGCCGCCCCGCUGCCCCGGCGCGGCGCACAUGCCCCGGCCUGGCGGGCGCCAGGUUGUCUUCUGAAUUUUGGGUCUGACGGUACCCUCUUGCUUUCUCAGCAAAUCAUGGACAUCGCUGGCUUUCUGAAGUCUCAAUUCAUUUUCCAUCUUCUGAUCUGCUACAUAUUUAUAGUGUCAGGACUGAUCAUUAACUUCAUUCAACUCUUUACACUUAUACUUUGGCCAAUCAACAAGCAACUAUUCAGGAGGAUCAACUGCAGGCUGGCUUACUGCAUUUCAAGCCAGAUGGUGAUGUUGCUGGAGUGGUGGUCAGGCACGGAUUGCACCCUCUACACUGACCCAGAGAGUUACCACAAGUACGGGAAAGAGAAUGCCAUCGUAAUCCUUAAUCACAACUUUGAAAUCGACUUUCUCUGUGGUUGGAACUUUUGUGAAAGAUUUGGGGUCUUGGGGAGUUCCAAAGUGCUAGCAAAAAAGGAGCUCUCCUACAUGCCUGUCAUUGGCUGGAUGUGGUAUUUCCUGGAGAUAGUCUUUUGCAAGCGUAAAUGGGAGGAAGAUCGGAAAACAGUCAUGCAGAAGUUGCUGAAUCUCCGAGACUACCCCGAAAACUUCUGGUUCCUGAUUCACUGCGAGGGUACAAGGUUCACAGAACAGAAGCACCAGAUUAGCAUGCAGGUGGCUGAAGCCAAAGGCCUGCCCAAGCUCAAGUAUCACCUACUGCCACGAACGAAAGGAUUUGCUGUCACCGUGCAGUGUUUGAGAAAUGUAGUUUCGGCAGUCUAUGAUUCGACACUGAAUUUUAGAAAUAAUGAGAAUCCAACUUUACUAGGAGUUCUAAAUGGAAAGAAGUACCAUGCAGAUUUAUAUGUAAGGCGGAUUCCGUUAGAGGAAGUCCCACAAGAUGAGCAGGAAUGUUCUAACUGGCUCCACAAACUGUAUCAAGAAAAGGACGCAUUCCAGGAAGAGUACUACAGGACAGGAACCUACCCUGCAGUCCCUAUAGUACCUCCUCGACGACCAUGGACGCUUUUGAACUGGCUUUUCUGGGCCUUAUUGCUGCUAUACCCUUUAUUCAAGCUGCUCAUCAACAUGGUCAGCAGUGGGUCAUCACUGACGCUGGCUAGUUUUGUAUUUGUCAUCGUAAUGGCUUCUGUUGGCGUCAGAGGGAUGAUAGGUGUUACGGAAAUCAACAAGGGCUCCACCUAUGGCAACAAUGACAGCAAACAGAAACAAAAGUAGUGUCUGCAGGGACUGCUUCAAUCCAAAGGGAACAAAUGCAACUUCUGGAAACUCCUAAGUGCAUAUCACGGUCCUUCAAGUGAGAUCAGAGGAAGGGUAGGAUGAGCAAGUGCCAUGCAUAUCUGAAUUUGUGCUCUUGUUGUUUUUCUCUUGGGGUUUGGGGCUGGAUUGAAAGAUGCACUCCUUCGUAUACUCUUCACAGCAGGUUUGCAUUUGUUUGGUUUGUUUUCAUAUAAAGUGUCUUACGUUUUGAAGAAAAAAAAUCCAGUGUGCUUGUAUGAUGAGACACCCCACCUGGAAACUAACCAGUGGUUGCUGAGGUGCAGGCUUUAUCUUAAUGUGUUCUAAGGAAUGGAUAAAUCUCAGAAGAAUAUUACAAGAAAGAAGAUUAAAAUCGGUAUUUGUCUAGAUCAUGCAUUAACAGUUUAACAACCAUAAUCUGUCAAUGUUUAAAUACAGUAAAAUGCUCUGCUUCCUUAGACCAGUAUUGGAGUGAAGCAAUUCUACUGAAGUAGCAGGAUUACAGUGGAGCUUUUCUACACAUGGAAUUUAUUCCCACAGUAUGCAUCACAUUGGCCCUUCAGACGUCAGUCAGACUCUGGGUAAGGGCCUGUUUUGUUAGAUCAGAGACUUGUAGUGGCAAAGCCUGGACUGUAACUUGGCUUCAAGGCCUGAACAGAGGUCAGGUUAGCCACUGCUAUGCCUUUCCCCAGGCAUUUCACCAGUACAAUACCUGAAACCUGUAAUUCUUCUAAGAAUAAACUGUUCAGAGUUUGGAAAAACUGAGGUAAUAAAUCACUUUCAGCUUCAGACACUAGGCCUUUCUAACAAUGGUGGAAACAAAAAACAACUGGGUACGCUGUAACAAAGUAAAUGGGAAGUGUGCAUUAAAAUUUAUUUCCCCACACCUAUACUGUUGUGAUCCCAAUUAAUCUGCUUUUCUACCUUUUCUCAUAAAUUGGUUUAUAGGGAGCCUCAUAACAUCUGAUUUGAGAUAAUGCUUAACCAACCUCCGGCUUUUGUUUUGGGGAAAAGAGGGCAAUUGGGAGAGAACCUAGGGUAGUGGUAUGGCUUUUUUUUUUUUUUAAAAAAAAAGGCUCUCUGCAUUUGGCACUCUUCUGUAUUAAGUAAAAAUAGUUAUCAUCAGCUCCCUUGAGACAAGUUACUUUGCUCUCACAUUCCUAGUACUGAUUCCUGGGCAUUCUCCUAUGUUUUUAAACUGCUAAUGAAAAGGAUAUAUAAGGAAGCUAGUACAAAGAGCUUGUUUAAACGAAAAAGUGGAAAAUGCUGGACUCCAGUCUCCCAUUCAUUGACAGUAAUGAAAAAUCUAACCUUCUUUUAUCUAAAGAUACUGAGCAGUGAGUGGGCAUUUUUCUUGACACUUCCAUUGGCAUCACAUUUUCAUUGCAUAUAGGUCUACACCAUCAUAGUCUAGGAAUGCACAGCCUAUGUUUCUUUAGAAAAGAAAGGAAGCAGUUUUAGCAGCUGCUGUAAAGAUCACUUAUCUUUUGCUGUACUAAAACUAAAGCUUGAAGAAACAGGGCUCAUACAAUAGAAAAUAAAUCGUAACUUGAACUGUGCAUUUGCUGUUCAGUAUGUCAGAUCAUUUAGAACAUUUUAAACAUCGUUUUAAUUGACAGCAUCUAAAAAGCAGGUAAAGUAAUGCUUUGAGUAAAGUAAAGGCCUUUUGACAGUGGAAGCAGCUAGUAAAAUGUGCAGUAUGAAGGAAGGAAUAGGCCUUGGGGAUUUCAAGGGACUAGGUUUUUGUUUUAGUUUUAUAUACACAUGCAUUCUCUAUGCUCUGAAACUUUCUGGAAGAGACUGUUCAAUGUCAUGAACAGAAAUGGGGCUUUAGUCUACAUUUCAUAUGUUGGAAAACUCAACUGAGUUGAAGGAUACUGUCAUGCUUAUAAAGCUACUCUGUUAAAGUGCACACCCUUCUGUGCUGAAGGGUGCACCUGUAGAGGCUAAAACAGUCUAACUGGGGAAAACAGCAUGCAAACAUGUAGUAGCACCUGAAGGUCCAGCUAUCCUGUAGUAAUGCAUCAAGUGUGUUAACAAGCCAGAUCUGGUAACAGUGAAAACGGGCACAGGAGGGAAAGGUCUCUUCAAGCCAGCAUUUUACUCAGCAGCUUUUGUCAUGGUGGUAGAAGGAACCCUGUGUGCAGGUGGGAAUAGUUCUGAACAGCAAAUACAUAUUCACGUAGUGACAAAGUUCUCAGCUUAUUGCCCUUCUAUAAAGCCACUGAUUUAACAUGCUGCUAGGAAGACAUUUAACAUUCCCUGUGAAUCUUGGUCAUAUCCCUCUCUAGCUGCCUGCAGCACCACCUCUCCAAGACAAGAAUACCAAACGUAAAUACUUUUUUGAAUAAGCAUUUAGAGUAUUUUGUACUUGUUUCCCUGGGACCAACCAUUAGAACGGGCAUAAGGCUAGACAUGCCAAGCGUGGAUCCUUUCUCCUAGGCACUUCCAGAAGUCCCAGUGCACAAGUACUGGACCACUGGGCCCUUCUAGCAAUCACUGGAAAACACAAAGCUUAACUGUACUUGCCAAAGUUAAAUUAGUCCAGUUCAUUGUAUUAAAAGAAUGAUUUACUAUGUCAUUAGAAAUCAGUGUUUGCCCCUUUCCACCACAAGCAACUGUAUGUUCUACAACUGCCUUAA